GAAGUCACAAGAAUCGUUAUCAGAUUGAGAUGGUGUUGAUAAGCAGCUCUGUUGAUGACAUCUGCCACACCUCCCUCCUCUCGUAGCUCCUCGCCGCAGAAGGUUUGCCACUCCCAGACACAGACGGACGUUUUAAAACCUUUACUAGGUGGCAUUUCUGGUGGGGGCGGGACUCUGAGGAAGAGGAGGCGUGUUCUGUCUAAGGAUGGGCGCAGCAACGUGCGAAUCGAGCACGUCAGUGGCCGGAGUGCUCUGUACAUGCGUGACCUCUGGACAACAUUUCUGGACAUGCAGUGGCGCUACAAGUUCUUCCUGUUCACGGCCACCUUUGCAGGGACCUGGUUUCUGUUUGGGGUGCUGUGGUACCUGGUGGCGCUGGUGCACGGAGACCUUCUGGAGUUCGACCCACCGUCAAACCACACACCUUGUGUGAUGCAGAUGCAGACCCUGACGGGAGCCUUCCUCUUCUCCCUGGAGUCCCAGACAACUAUUGGCUACGGUUUUCGGUGCAUCACUGAAGAAUGCCCGGCUGCCAUCAUCCUCCUCAUCAUCCAGCUGGUCAUCACCAUGCUGAUGGAGAUCUUCAUCACUGGUACCUUCCUGGCCAAGGUUGCUCGGCCAAAAAAGCGGGGAGAGACAGUGAAGUUUAGCCAACACGCUGUGGUGUCGACUCACGAAGGUCGACCCUGUCUGAUGAUCAGGGUGGCCAAUAUGCGCAAAAGUCUCCUGCUUGGUUGUCAGGUGACUGGAAAGCUGCUCCAGACGUCUCUGACCAAGGAAGGCGAGACCGUUCGUCUGGACCAGAGAAAUGUGCCCUUCCAAGUGGACACUUCCAGUGACAGCCCCUUCCUCAUCCUGCCCCUCACCUUCUACCAUGUCAUCGAUGAAAACAGCCCCCUGCGAGCCUGGGCAGCCAAGGGUGGGGGAUGGACAGACCCGGAACUGGCUGACUUUGAGCUGCUGGUGAUCAUGAGUGCUACUGUAGAGCCAACUUCUGCCACCUGUCAGGUCCGCACCUCCUACCUGCCUGAUGAGAUCCUCUGGGGCUAUGAGUUUCCCCCUGUAGUCUCACUUUCCCCAUCAGGUAAAUAUGUAGCAGACUUUGCCUUCUUUGACAAAGUGGCCAAGACCAAGACCACGCCCAUCUUCAAGCCAUCCAGCCCCCAGCAUGGGUACCAGAGCAAUGGGGGUGGGACUGUGCCUGAAGUGUCCGAUCCAGAGAAGAUUCGACUGGAGCAGAGCUACAGAGAGCGAGGGGAGGACCGUGGCCGGGUCAGAGAAACUCCUCUCAGUGUUCGCAUCAGCAACGUGUGAGCAGCCGGUUGAUUGGUUGAGAGGGCAGCAUUUCACAGAGAGCAACUCACAGGAGACUGCCAAGCUCAGUGUCAUCUUUAAAUCACGGAAACAUCACGUCAAAACAGUUUUGGACACUGUCCUUUCAGACUGUGUUUUUGAACUCAUAUCAGAUAUUUGGUUCUCAGUAGCACCAAAUGAUACAGAAAGCAAAUGUGGAGUACCAUGAACUACUGUAUGGCCAGUGUUUGACAUAGGUGUAACUGUACUCAUAUGAUGGAAUAACACACUACCUAACUGCCGUUACCAUUUGAGUAUAUUCUGUAUACACUUUUAUGACUUAAAAAAAA